AUGCAUGAGAUACACGCUUUAUAUCUAAAUUUGAAAAAUGUUAAGAAACUUGGUUACAUCACAUAUCUCGCCCAGUUCGAUAAGUUCACAGAAGUUCCAAGGAAUACGACGAAGAAAACUGGAGCCUAUGAGGAAUAUUUGAACACCCUCAAGGAAUACCUCGUUUACUUUAUGGAACGCACCCGACCUCUUCACAAUCUCAAGGAGGACUUUGCCAAGAGUGACGCCGAGGUCGAUCGCAUGCUCGCAGAGGGAACGUUGCCGGGAUGGCCAAAACAAAAUGCACCCAAAGAGGUUCCUUUUUCCAAGCUUGAUGUGGCUGCUAUCGACGUAUCUGCCUAUAGCAGUCCAUUGGAAUUGGAAAGUUUAGGCCUUGACAGACUGAAAGCCGCUUUGAUGGCUUUGGCUUGA